GGCACCGGGUCCGGCCGCCGAAGGGCCCGCGGGACGCGCGGGUCCGCCCCUCGCGGGGCAGCGGCCAAUCACAGCGCGGUGCGUCACUGGCCGGCCGUCAAUCAACAGCCCCUGGCCGUUACCGUGGGAGCUGCAUCCUGGGCGGGCGGUGAUUGGCCGGCUCGAACGGGGCUGUGCGCUGAUUGGUGGAGGGGCCGCACGCGGAAAUAUUCAAACGGGGUGCGGGAGCAGGCGGGGCCGCGCGGGACGGGCGUACCGGAGAGUGUUCGGGACCGGGGCUGCGACCGAGCCGCUCCUGCACCGGAGAGGGGCUGGGACCCAGCCACUCCUGCGCCGAAGAAGGGGUCGGGACCGAGCCGCUCCUGAAUCGGAGAGUGUUUGGAACGGUGGUUGGGUGCGGACCGCCGUCGCUGCACGGGAGAGCCCCACGCACCGCCGUUCGGCACAGGGCAGCCCCGCUAGGGGAGCCCUGACCGCCGCUCGGCACCGGCACAGCCGCAGAGGGGCCCGAGUCCUGCCCCGAGCGGGACUGCGGGAGGGAGGGAAGGAGCCAGCGGAGCCCGGUGCGGCGCCGCCGGAGAGCGGUAGCCGCGUCCAGCCCGUGACCCGCCGGCAGCGGCGGCCGGUGCUGCUGUGCUGGUCCGUGCCCCGGAGCCGCUAUGGCCUCACAGAACGCCGACCCCGCCGCCGUGUCCAGCGCAGCCGCCCGCAAAGCGGCUGAGACCGGGGCCACGGCGGCCCGCGGCGCGGUGGGGAAGAGGCUGCAGCAAGAACUGAUGGCGUUGAUGAUGUCCGGUGACAAAGGCAUUUCUGCCUUCCCCGAGUCCGACAACCUCUUCAAGUGGAUCGGAACCAUUGACGGCGCCGCCGGGACGGCCUACGAGGAGCUGCGGUACAAGCUGUCGCUGGAGUUCCCCAGCGGAUAUCCCUACACAGCCCCCACCGUGCGGUUCCUCACCCCCUGCUACCACCCCAACGUCGACACCCAGGGCAACAUCUGCCUCGACAUCCUCAAGGAAAAGUGGUCAGCGCUGUAUGAUGUCCGCACCAUCCUGCUCUCCAUUCAGAGCCUACUGGCAGAGCCAAACAUCGAGAGCCCUCUGAACACACAUGCAGCUGAGCUCUGGAAGAACCAAGUCGCCUACAAGAAGUAUGUGCGGGAGACGUACAACAAGCAGACCAAGAGCCAGGAGACCUGACCGUCACCACCGCCCCUCAGCACACCCCAUCCUCCCUCCCUCCCGGCUGUCCCCCGCGUUCUGUAUCAUAGCCUGUUUUUAAA